AUGUUUCGCCUCGGACUCCGUACCGCCCAGCAGACUCGUGCGGCUCCUCUGCGCCGUGUUGUCGGCCGCCGCUUCAACAGCACUGAGAAGCCCUCGUGGGUCGGCGACAACGCCUUCAACCGUGAGCGCGAGAAUGUCAAGCACCACGCUGCUGCUACCAGCAGCCUCUGGAAGAGACUUUCGAUCUACGCUGUUAUUCCUUGCUUGAUCGGCGGCAGCGUUAAUGCCUACAACCUGUGGACUGAGCACUGGGAGCACUGGAGCCACAUGCCUCCUCUGGAGGAGCGCACCGAGUACCCUUACCAGAACAUGCGCACCAAGAACUUCCCUUGGGGCGAUGGUGACAAGACCAUUUUCUGGAACUCUGACGUCAACUACCACAACCCCGACAAGACCACAUAG